GAGCCGGAGCAUGGAGGACGAGAGCUCCCUCAAAGCCGCAGUAGGCACUUACCCUGUGGAUAUUUUGGAAGAUGACCCCAAGGGGCAUCAGGAAGCAACAUUGGCUUAUCAUGCCUCACUUGGUGAAGGAGCUCAGACCUCAUCAGAGAUUUUCUCUCUUUCCUCUGGGGAGCAGGUUAAACUUGAAACUUCAUCCAUUUGCUUUUGUUCUCUGCACCGUGAUGAACCUCACCAUAAAAUACUGGUUUUGGUUAAUCCCCAAGACACAAAGACAGUUGUAGCUGUUUACCUAAAGGAAUCCUGGUGGUCCACAGAAGAUGUACUAAGAACCUCUGAUCCCACAAGAGAAGGUCUCGUGAAGGUUCAGUCCUUUGGGGAAAGGAUUGUACUUUUCGUUCUAAAUGUCAUUAUUUUUGGAAGACUGGAGAGAAGUUUGGAUGAUGAUGACAUGUUUUUUUUGCCUCAUUCUGUGAAGGAGCGAGCAAAAAUUCUGUGGAGAAAUGGAGCAGCUGUUGGAUUUUACACAACCAAAGUGAAAGGCAGCCUGUGUGGCAAUGGCGCUGGUGCGUGUUAUCUGCUGCCUGUCUUCGAUACUGUGUUUGUCAGGAGGAAACAUCGUCGCCAAGGUCUAGGGACAGCCAUGCUGCAGGACUUCUGUGAUACUUUCCGAGAAGAUGAUGCCCUGGGGCUCAGUUGCCCAAUUUCUCCUGCCAUGUACGGAGUCUGUAGGCAGUUCCUGUUGGCCCAUCCAGAGGAGCGAGGCCGCCUGUGGGAGGUGGAGGCCCUGGGGGCCCGGGGUCAGCGUGUCAACAUCUGGCUCAAGGUUCAGCAGCAGGCAAGACUUCCAGAGGGGAGGGCAGUUCACCCUGGAAAUUCCAAGGAGGACCUGAGCAAUCUUGGGCAGACUUCUCUGGGUGACAGACCCACAGAGUUUGCUGAUGGAGACGGCCACAGGUAUGGCAGUGGUGAGCAGAUUUGUGGAGAAGAACUGGAAAAUAUGAAGAACGAUCAAGAUUGUGCAGAGAAUGAAAAGGAAGUUGGACUACCCACGAGGCCUUGCUGGGCUGAGCUGGAAGGGAAGGAAGUUAAGAGGACAGUGGCGGUCCCUGGGCUGGUGGGGAAGCUGUGGCAGAAACACAUGCUGCCCAGCUCCUGACUCCUCCAGAGGCUUGGCUUGCUCCCCAGGAUCCAGGCCCAAGAGCCAUGUGGCUCUGCCUAGCCUCUUGUUCUUGAAAUAGUGGCCACAGGCUACUACCUCAGGCUUCCAGUGUGUGCCCAGUACUGGAGACAGAGAAAGGGCUUCAUUAAGCAUGGAGCACUCUACAGAGUUUUGGAAAAUUUUUCCCAAUUGUUGGCAGUUCCAAAAGAUUUCAGAAGAUUACUGGUUAAACUAACAUGAUUUCUAUACCUCAGGGUAAAUUUGCAAGGCUGCACUGGAACCAUGUGAAGAUCUCCCUCCCUUGGUGGAAGUGAGCUCAGGGAAGGGCCAUGCUGUCCCCCCUCUGUACUAUAGAAAUCCUCUUCAGGUUCAGCUCUGUUGGGACCAUGAGAUCAUGGACACCAGAGGUUUCCAAGGGGACAGGUUCCUUUCCUGGGAGCCUUUGGUGACUUCAGAGCUCCCUGAGAGCAGGACCUGGCCAGGAUUUUACCUACCAAAGGCCUCAUGCCUAUCUCAGCCCAUAUAUAGGAGGACUUUUAGUGGGUUAUAAGUGGGUGUCCGCUAUCACCUAACUUAGAUGGGAAGCCACUGGGCACUAUUUGGGCUGAUGGCCUUUCUGACAUAUGGGUGGCUCCCAGUGUGAUAGUAAAAGUCACUAAAAGUAAUGGGCUGAUCCAUAUGUGACCUUAACUUCCCCCUUCUCAAAUAGCUCCAGAGCCUGCUUGAUGGCCUGUGCCUGGCCAUGCAGGGACACAGAGCCCAGCCACCAUCUGCCCCAGGCUGGUAAAGCCAGCUGAAUGUUUCCCACUGCUGCCUGCCUUUCAGGAUCCAGGAGGCUUCUGGGCCCUAGAGCCUGCUCUCUGGGAGCUGCUGGUAGAGAUUUCUCUGCCUUUGGGCCCUGCCAUUGCUGAUGUGCAAUGAGGUUUCCUAGGGAAAGCUGGCAGACCUUCCUGGUGAAACUGGGGGUUUCCCCCUUUGGCUGGCAGGUGGGAUCUGCAUAAGUUGCAGGCCUCUGCAGCUGAGAAACAGGUUCCAACUCUUAAUGGUGGCUGUCCCCUCCAGUGUCGCAGCAGACCACAGCCGCUCGCCACUGCCUUCUUCUUUCUGGGUUCUUGACUCCUGAUUCUGAAGAGUGAAAUCCACAGAUGAGGAUGAGGGAAUAUAAGAGUAGGAUUUAUUCAGGUGUGAAUAGAGAUAGAACGUCUGCAGGACAAGUGGGGACCCAAGAGAGGUUGCUGCUAAUCUAGGGGUUUAUAGAGCACUUGGUUCAAGGCAAUUGGUCCAAAUUUGUGCUCAUCAGGUUUUGGAAAAGCACUGAUGCUAUUGGCCCAUCCAUGAGUCUGAACUCCAUUAAGAUCUGCCCCGAUUCCAUUUUCUCACCUAUUGCGUAUAAUCUCAACAUCCUAGGAAGUGGAUCGUGGAUGCUCAGGUGGUUCAGAGCUGGCACUGUGUGGAGCGACUGUCCACCCAGUUAGGCAGACCCACCGUGAGAUCCACAGGCCGGUGCACCCUGGCUUGCUGCACCUCAGGCCUGAGUUGGAAGAAGGGCUCUGGGCGACUCUGGCCAGUGCUCGCAGCCCACGCCCCUGCGCCACAGGCCAGAGCUCCACAGCUCCACUGCUGCUCUCUGUGGGGAUUAGUGGGCUUGCUGUGUGGCUCAGCAGCCAGGGAGCCACAUCACUGAGGCAGACAGCCCACAUUCAGCCCACUUCUAGGUGAAGGCAGAUCCGAUCACAUCAUUGAGGGCCCCCCCCCAACCCCUUGGUGGCUUAUUGUGGCCUUUGAGAACCCAGGGGCCUGUCGUCAUGGGCCCAGCUUGUUGUACUCCUUGCCCUUUGUGUCCUGGUUGCCUAGGAUGGUGGAUCUCAGCUCUCCUUCUUUGGGGUCUGCUCACGUGCCACUCACUGCCUUGGACAUGCGUGUUCUCUCUCUCUCUCUCUCUACACACACACACACACACACACACACACACACACACACGAGGUCAGUCAAGUUGAUUCCUACCCAUACAUCUGGUUUCAGUUCAGGUGUUCCUCCUGACCUCCUUCUCUUUUCCUUCUCAAGUGAUAGAACCAUGAACUGGUGCUUCUGCAACUUUUUUUUUUUUUUUUUUUUCAUUACAUCCCACUGUUGCUCCAAGAGCCUCCAUCAGGGUCAACCCUAGCCUUUCUGGUUGCCGCUGUGUCCCUAGUGCCCAUAGAGCACAGCUGGCACAGUUCCUGGGCAGAGCCCUGUACAAUGGGCUUCUAUCUUCUUAGUGAUGUAAUCAAAGCCUUUCCUGGAGCCUCAAACCUUGGGGUGGUGAGGAGACCAGCAGUAGUCCCCAGUUCUAGAAGUGCACCUGUGGUUCUGAGUGGUCAAAGGACACAUGUGGUGGGUCCUCUGUUACUUAUAUUUUCAUCCAAGAAUCCAGCGGUCCAUUCAUCUGUCUGUCUAUAUGUCCAUCUAUCUAUCUAGCUACCCUCAUUCCCUCCCUUUCUCUACUCAUCUCCCCAACCAUAUAUCACCUAAUCUUUAUAUCUCCCCAUUGAUUCAUCUCUCCAUCCAUCUAUCCAUUCAUUUAGCUUCCACCCAUCCAGUCUCCACCCCCAUUCCCUCUUUCCUUCUAAUUAUUUCUCCAUUUAUCUACUCAUUCAUCCAUCCAUCUCUCUUUCUGUCCAUCUUUCCAUCCAUCCAUCCAUCCAUCCAUCCAUCCAUCCAUCCAUCCUGUCAUACAACGAAUGUGUGCUUUCUCAGGGAUAAGUUCUGUGCUGGACCCUGGGAAUAUAAGUGAAGCACAAUUACUGACCUGGGAAACUGUUCUCUCCAGAGGGGUUUCUUCUGGAGUGUCCACUGGAGUUUUAUCUCUCUUACACCAAUUACAUAGAGGGAAGGGUCCAAUUGAAUAGAAGUAGAGUUUAGAAUUCUAGACGGAGAAGUCAUGAGGCCCCACACCCUCAUUCUUUGCAUCUGGGUUCUCUGCAAAGAGGGCUAGACCACAGAAAUGGACUGGCAUCUGCAGCUGAAUGGUGCUCUGUGUGUGAUUCUGGAAUGUUCCCUUUAAAAUGAUGGGGGUGCUGUGAACAUUGUGCUGUUUGCAAUGAAUGGCUAGUGUUUUCUCUUUACGUGAAAAUGUUUGGAUAAAAUUAUCUCAGGGAUUUGAUGAAGUAAUUGUUCAAUAAAAAAAUCAUCUCAGGGAAGAAAA